ACAUACCCGUGCUACUUGUGACUGGUUUUGUGAUCCAGGGUCACAUAUAAUAUAAAAAUAUAAUUCAAGUAAACUUUAAAUGAUAAAAGUCCUUCAGGCGAUUUAGGCUCACCCCUCUUAUCAGCAGUAAAACAUUCUGUGUGCACAGAAAGAAAGAAAAGAGAGAUAGAAUAGAGUGAGGAUAAACAUAAAUGACAGAGUGGGGGGAGAGGUGAAGAUGCGAGGAGAGAGAUGCAGGUAUAUAAAGCUGUGUGUGUGUGACUCUGAGCAUCAGGGAGAACACAAGAACACACCAGACCAGGACAGAGGACGGGAACACCUACACAUCUUAAAAGACAUGCAGACAAGCGAGAUGAACGUUUUGCUAGCUGUGUUUUGCAUGGUUAACGUCCUCCAGCUCUGUCGUGGACUAUCCGGCGGAGGUGAAUGCUACUUCAAUGCAAAAGCCAGCUGUGAACACAAUGACCGUGUUUUUGACAUCGGGGAGUCCUGGAUAAAUGACGAAUGUUUCCAGUGUGUGUGUUUCCAGCCUUUUGGAGUGGGCUGCUGUGAACAUGGAAAGCAGCCAGUCGAUUACCCGCCCUGGUGCGAGGCCGUUAGAAAACCAAAUUCCUGCACAGUUGCUGUGGUGAUGAAGGCCAACCAUAAACUUCCCUGUCUAUUUGGGAGGAAGAACCGCUUGCCAGCAUCAGAUGGGCUGCUGUGGAAAUCAGAGAACGACCCACUCUACUAGACUGAAUUACUGAAUUCACAAAUGCAAAAUAUUAUUUAUAUACAAGUUAACGCACGCAUAUUACAUCUGUCUUUGUGAGGAGGUCAUUCACAUACAAGUACACAUACACCCUUUUGCCCAUUUUUAUAUAUAUUAAAAUGUAAUUUAUUCCUGUGACGCAAAGCUGAAUUUUAAGCAUUACUUUAGUGUCACGUGAUCCUUCAGAUAGCAUUCCAAUGUGCUGAUUAAACAAUUCUCAUGUUUAAAGGUUAUUUGAGUAUAACUAAAAAGUAACGAUUCUUUUUUGAUUACAGUGUUCAAAAUAAUUUAUUUGAAACAGAUUUAAAUUUUUUUGGGGGGUUUUACUGCCCAGAAAUUUGACCAGUACUGUAUUUUAAUGACACAUACACAACUUGACUAUUAUUUAAAACUAUUAAACUACUCAAUUCACAUACAGUGGGGUCUUAAGUAUGCCAUGUUAAAUAUUUAUCAGAAUGUUGAUCUGAAAUAAGUUUUAAAUCCUUGUAUGUUUGUCAUAACUGAAAAUUAAAAGGUCAAACUAGAAUUUUUCCUGACAAACUGAUGUCCAUCUCUAAAUAAAUAUUAGUGACUGUU